CACACACACACACACACACACACACACACACCUGCAAACCCGAAGAGACCGCAGGGGCAGUGUUGAAGAGGGCCAGGACGACCCAAUUCCAUUCACCAACACACGAACACAUCCUGCUGGGCUCCUAAAAACGAGCUGUUCGGAUUUCCCCCCCGCUGCACUUCGGUCUUUCUGGAAAGCCCCCGAGGGGAGCGACUCGCGACGCUCAUCUCGUUUUCUUCUCACUCGAUCUUCCUGUCUUUCUUCCACGCCAGGGUUUCUCUUUGGGCUGUCCCGUUCAGAUCCGGAAGUCAUGCCGCUGUCAUGGCACAAGAUAUCACUCCCCGUUUCCUCGUGCCCAUGGCCACCUUACUUCACUCACCUUUCUCUCCUUCCGAUACACCCACCACCCCCUCACAGUUUCCUCUCCCACGUCUUGCGCCGCCCCCAAUGAUACCCCUCCCUGGCUGAUGCCAGGUUGGUUGGUUGAAUCCUUCGAAGGACGGCCCAACCACCAACAUGACCCACGAUUCUAGUCCGCUGGCCCUGUUGCUGCUAGCUUCUCCCUGUUCUCCUCGUUAGACUUGAGGUGGCUACCGUGGUUUCUAUCAAUGAAGUCUUCUUUUUGUCCUUUCGAGGGAGCGUCUUCGUCUGCGUUGUGCCCGCAUUCUCCCGCACUCGCUUCUCUCUCUCUCCCCUCUCUCUCCCCGGUUGCAACGACUGGAGUUACUUUCUCUACUGACGCCAAAUGUGACUUGCCUUGGCACCCAACAGGCAUCCCCUUAUUUGUCCCUUCCGUGUUAUGCUAUCUCUGUACAUCACUUUAAACGGUUACUGUCUAUCCAUGUUACCUUGCAAGCAGACCAUUCUGCCUCCAAACAUGGCCAGGCAGAAACAGGAUUUUGGAGCUGCGAUGAAUGAUAUAAACCUUUCCAGAAUCUGCCUUGAUCGAUGCAAGUGAUACAAGCGCGGUUCGUCUUGCUCCUCCCUUCGUUAUUAUUGACUCUUCAGACAACUCGACCCUGCUGGCGGCGAUCACAGCCCCUUCUACCCAUUGAGCUUUACCCACCCACGGCCUCUUAGCCUGCUCCCAUCUUCCGGAUACUGGCUUACCUUAACCUACCUUACCUUAUUUCCCCCCUGCCCUGCACCACUCGCCUUGUUCUACACGCACCCAUACGCUCCACAGCCUUACACACGCCUCCUUCCAACAGAACCCUUGCCAUCUCCCAGUUUGCUGCCUUGGCUUGGUCCCUCCCCAGACGUGAACAUAUUCUUUUAUAACCGUCUGCUUCCCCAUCUUACCUUCUGUCUUUCAGCCUUCUUUGACAAGGUUGCCAAUCAGAUACGCAAUCCUCUCGAUCUGGUCUUAUCCACACACUCCUCCCACUCACACAAAUCCACACUCCUCCCAACCGGGAAUCCUCCACCCCCCCUCCUCACCUUGCAGCUCCUCAUUGCGUUUUCCCCCAAACACCUUGUUGGUAUAUAAACCGAACUUCUGCGUCCAACAAAGCUCUAGGGGGAAUCGAUAAAGGAGCAGUAAACGGCCGUGGUCAACUCAGCCAUGGACCUUACACCACCAUCUCUAACAAGGUCGCCGACAUCUCCAACCCGCACAUAUUGCCCAUCAGAGCGCUCCUCAUUGGACUACCCAUCUCCGGAACUAGCAGCUCAACAGUACAAAAUCACCACCUUGUACGCCGCCGGCCCGUUGUGUUCUGCAGGGCUAACAACCGACGCCGACAUUUCUUUGCCGCCUUUGGACCCUCGAACAACCACAGAUUGGGUCGCGUCAAGCAUCAUGGCACCAUCUUCCUCGUCCUUUUCCAUACCGAAUGUCCUGUCAGAAUAUGACCAGUUUGCCGAAUACGACUCUCCUAUCCCAGCCUCGUACGGGUCUGAAGCGUACCCGCCGCCGCCCUCCCAUUCAUCCGGUCCGGCCCACCAUCCGCACUGUCUCACAGACUCCCCCGGACGCUCACCUGGACCGUCGUCCUCAAGGAGCUCUUUUUCCUACGCGCAGAGUGGCCAUGCGGCGGGUUCGUUGGGCCCAAGGAUCAAGAUGGAAAACACCAAUGACUAUGGAUCUGGAAUCGACACCUCGCACUACGCCUCUCCCCGUUCGGUGCAGGCGCCGUACAUGACGGAUUCGGGCCCGUACGGCGCCUCACAUCAACAUUAUCUGCCGGACACCCAAUCUCCGAGUUGGUCCAAGGUCGAAUAUGGUGCCGAGCAAUACUACCAGAACACGCCGGCAGUCGAGCCGGCCCCUCCCAGUCUAGAGGCCAGGCGUACGGAAGACUCAAAGCACAACCGCCCGAAGCGGGCGCCGCGGAAGAUGACGUCCUUUGCAGAUGCCCAGUACCAGUGUCAAGUCAAGGGAUGCGGCAAGCUCUUCAGCCGCAGCUACAACUAUAAGGCACAUUUGGAUACACACGAUGAGAAGCGGGAGUAUCCAUUCCCCUGUUCCGUGACCGACUGUAACAAGCGCUUUGUUCGUAAAACGGACCUCCAAAGACACAACCAGAGCGUCCACAUGAAGGAGAAGAAUCACAGGUGCGACUACUGCGGACGACUAUUUGCACGCAAAGACACACUUCGCAGGCAUAUGGAAGAUGGAUGCUCCAAACGUUUCGACGUUGGCACCUGCGACCUGCGCGUCGAUGGAUACGAAGGAAUGGGCGCGGCCAGCCGCAGCAUGGGCGCGCCAAUACAUCCGAUGGGAUCGAGCUCCGGCCCCCUCCCACCGAUUGCCAUGUCGAUGGGUAGCGGAAGCGGUUUGUUACAUCCCGAAUCAUCGACCAGCAGAGGCAGAGGCGUCGUGCCCGGCGCAAGCGAUGGCGCGCAUGGCGACAACUGGCAACGAUGAUGGGACACUUGGUUUGAGCCUAUGAGAAAGGCGACUGGUGGGCUUGUCUCACGUAUGUAAAUGUAUCACCAACUGGGAAGGCUUGGGAGGGUUCGGUUUGCAUGUACAUGAUCAUUUGCUGCGUAGAUACCUGGGGUACGGCGUUGAAACAUCGCGGGGGACGACGGAACAUUGCAAUGAUGGCCUGUGCUUGGCCGAGCUGUGAUUAGGACUAGGGAAUAUCGAUCCUGCAAGGCUGCGAAUGGCAGCCUUGUUGCAACGCGUCGCCGAAGAGAAGAUA